GUCCUUGUCCCUGUCCGUUGUGUUUAUUUGGUCCUGGCCUUUGUGCUUGCACCACUUACUUUAAUCGUCGAACAGUCCUUCUGCGCGUGCAACCUGCUUGUCUGCUCGCCGGCUCAUUCUCGCGCCCUGCACUGUGUGUCUGGCGUCCUCGUCUUCCUCCCCGUCCUCCGCCCUCUUCGCUCGUCGCCAACCCGCGCGCGAAAGGCCGGCUCUCGAACUGAGCGGGCGUGCUUGCCGGCCGGAGCACACGGCCGCCUUUCUCGUUCUACGCGCUGAAUCCGGCUCGGCUUGAUCUUGAUUCUGUGUUUGCUUCCCUCGUUUUACUCUUUUCCGCUCCGGUCGAGUCCCGCCUCUGUCGGGAGAUCACCGUGCUUGGCGUGGGAGCGUCCGCCCUCGCCGCCCGUUCUGUCCCCGUCGCUUUUCUCCUGCGCAAGCUUGUCCCCGUUCCUCGCUUCCCCAACCGAAAAAGUCUACACACCUCCCUCCCUCACACACACACUCUCUCUCGCUCUCUCACUCGCUCUCCUUCUCUCUCUUCUCCCCUCACUUCUUCCCAUCCCUCUCCCACGCAGCCGCCCUCGCUCCACCGUCACCCCAUCUUCCCUGCGGAACGACGCCUGCCAUGUCCGACGAGAAGGCCCGUGUCUCUGGCGAGCGCGAGCGUGAGCGCGAGUCGCCCGCCGACGUGUUGCCAACGGUCAACCCCGACGCUGUGAAACCAGAGCCUCCAAAGCAAUCGGUGCCCGCUGCCGUGUACAUUGCUGUCUGGAUUGCUCUCAGCGGCGCUGUCAUCAUCUUCAACAAGUGGAUCCUACACUCAAAAGAAUUCAGAUACCCCGUUUUCUUGACAACAUGGCAUCUGAUCUUCUCCACCUUCGUCACCCAGAUGCUUGCCCGCUUCACCACCGUCUUGGACUCGCGGAAAAAGGUACCCAUGACCGGCCGUGUGUACCUGCGCGCCAUUGUCCCCAUCGGCAUGUUCUUCAGCUUGAGCUUGAUGUUCAGUAACGCUGCCUACCUGUAUCUGUCCGUCGCCUUUAUCCAGAUGCUCAAGGCCACCACGCCCGUCGCCGUCUUGCUCGUCACCUGGGGCUUGGGUAUCACUCCUCCCAACAUGAAGACGCUGGGCAACGUUUCCGUCAUUGUCCUCGGUGUCAUCAUUGCCUCGUAUGGCGAGAUCCAGUUCGUCAUGAUUGGCUUCGUCGUGCAGAUCGCAGGCAUUCUCUGUGAGGCGACCAGAUUGGCCAUGGUCGAACGCCUUCUGAGCGGCGGCGAGUUCAAGAUGGAUCCGCUCGUGUCGCUGUACUACUUCGCCCCGGCUUGCGCUACCAUGAACUUCAUCAUGUUCUGCUUCCUCGAGUUGCACAAGAUUUCCCUCGAGAAGAUAUUCGACCUGGGCCUGUUCACCCUUGUGCUCAACGCUACCGUUGCAUUCAUGCUCAACGUUGCAGUUGUGUUCCUUAUUGGAAAGACCUCGUCGCUCGUCCUCACUCUGUCCGGCGUUCUCAAGGACAUUCUUCUCGUCGUUGCCUCAAUGGUACUCUUCGGCGAUCCAGUCUCCGGUCUCCAGGCGUUCGGCUACAGCAUUGCUCUUGGAGGCCUUGUGUACUACAAGCUCGGCGGUGAGAAGAUGAGGGGUUUUAUCGCCGAUGGCCAACGCUCCUGGUCAGAGUAUGGCAACAAACAUCCUGCAAUGCGCAAGCUCAUCAUCAUUGGAUGCGCUUUCUUGGCCGUCCUGGUUCUCAUGGGAGGUCUUGCGCCCGCCGUGCCUUCGGAGUACAGGGACGCGGCUGUCAGCAAGGUCAGCGGCCUGCUGGGCGAAAAGGGCGUCUAAGCACGAGCGUCCCACAAAGGAAAAGAAACAAACCCAACAUUUUGCCAAAAGAGUGCUAAUCCCAAGUGCGAAAACGAUCCAACGAGCGACUGGUGCGCAAAGGGGGAGAGAAGUCACCAAUUAUGAUUGUACUCGAAACCUUACCAGCUUUUUUCUACGAAGUCCUCUCCCUGGGUCAAUGCAAUCCUAUGGCCAACACAGCAGGAGGGAGGCAAUCCCUUUAAUAAUAUUUUGAUAGAGGGUGUGGGUACCUUUUACACGGGAGCCCACACCCAGUGCUCGUGUCUGUGUGCGUGUGCAUGCGUGGGGAAACAGAUGGCCCCGUGGAUGGAUAAAAAUCUUGUGUUUUCGUGUAUCUGCGUGCAGUGCAGCAAGAAACAAGCAUGAUAGAAGCGAUAUGUGUAUUCUCUCUCAUUAUCCUACGGCGUUGUCGAUCCAUAAAGUGUGUGGUGCAUGUGGUGUAACCCCCUUUGAUACUUUUGUACUUGUAGAGAGCUAGCAACAACUGGGAUUUGCAUUGCGCAUACUGUUCAACUCCUACUUUUCCUGCUCUCUCUUUACGAUGAAAGUUGCCGACUGUGAAGAUUAGCAAAGCUCUG